UCCACAGGAGCGAGUCCGAAAAACUAUUCGAUUUCGUGAUUAAUAUCUUUGGACGAGUGCACGACUAUGGAAAGAAGCGAAACAAGUUGAUAUUCAAUGUUUGGAGGCAGUAAAUCAUUCAGAAAAUUCGUUGAGCAUGGCCUCAAAAAAAAAACAAACGUCGAGCCAGCGAGUGGCUGAAGACAAAAAUGUUGUCAGAAGACGCAAGACAACGACUCUCUUGGAAACGAGAACUAACGAUUCCAAUACCGAUGAUUUGGUCGAGAUUUCGCGGGAACAGCAACGAAGCGAUCCUUCGCUUGUCCAUUUAAAAUCGCGGGAUACCAAUUCUGCGGGUUCCAGUAAAAAUACAAAUCCCGAAUCAAGAUUCAGAUACGGCACGCCGAGGCAGCUCAUAACGUUGGGUCUGCUUAUCACGGGUAUCGUGAUGAUCGUGAUUUUGGGCGCGUUCGUUAAUCGACCGAUAAGGCGUUCCCGAGAUUCAGCGCAUUCGAAAAACAACGACGGUGCUCUCGUUCCGCCUGACCCAGAAAUUCCGCAGCCACCCUCGUGGAGCAAGCUACGGAAAUUCAAACGCGGGGCUGUAUGCACAGAUGGCGCCCAGUGCGCCGAAAUUGGCAAGUCCAUGCUCGAUCGAAAUGGCUCAGCCGUCGAUGCCGCCCUCGCAGCGAUGAUUUGCAACGGCCUUAUAAAUAUGCAAGCGAUGGGCAUCGGCGGAGGUUUCCUAAUGACGCUUUACGAACGAUCGACCCGCCAGAAGUAUUUCUUGAACGCUCGCGAAGCCGCACCAAUUCUAUCUCGACACGAUAUGUACGAAAACCAAUCAGCAAUGGCUUCGCGAAUCGGAGGUUCGGCAAUCAGCGUACCCGGCGAGAUCGCUGGCUACUGGGAAGCCCACAGGAAAUUUGGCAAGUUGCCCUGGGCAGAGUUAUUCCAUCCGAGCAUUAAAUUGUGCAACGAAGGCUAUAAUGUUACGAGGGCUCAGCACGAUGCUCUAUUGGUCUAUCCACCAAAUAUUCAUGGAGAUCCGACCUUGAGAGAAAUGUUCGUCGCCGAUGCUGAGACGGGAGAAUUCGUGAGACCAGGAACUUUGAUCAGACCAAAAAAAUUGUGCGAGACCCUGCGGCUAAUCGCUGACCACGGUGCUUCUGUACUCUACAAUGGGACACUGGGCGAACAGUUGAUAGAGGAUCUCAAAAAACGUGGAAGUAUAUUGACUAUGAACGAUCUCAAAAAUUAUCGCGCACUUUGGUCAAAGCCUGUUCGAACGAAAUUGUCCGGAGGUUUGGAACUCAUUUCAUCAGGAUUGCCCAGCAGCGGUCCGCUGCUCGUCUUCGUUAUCAACGUCCUAGAAAAUUAUCACUUCAAUUCGGAGUCUUUAGCGAAUCUCGACGACGCGAUAACGACUUAUCAUCGGAUAAUUGAAACGUGGAAAUAUGCGUAUGCGAUGAGGGGUCAAUUGGGUGAUGGAGAUUUCAGUGACAUGGCCGAGAUGACUGAGAAACUAAUCUCAAAGACAUACGCUCAAAAUGUAAAAAAGAAGAUACGAGAUGAUGAAACAAGGAAUGAGCCAAAAUAUUAUGGAGCGACGAAAUUCGCCUCUGAUGAUCACGGAACUGCCCACAUUUCCGUUCUGGCGCCUAACGGCGACGCAGUUUCAGUAACGAGCAGUAUUAAUUUUUAUUUUGGGAGCGGAGUCGUGAGCGAGUCAACCGGAAUCGUAAUGAACUCCGGAAUGGAUGAUUUCGGUACAACUUCUAGUGUCAAUUAUUUCGGGCUACCAGCAGGUGAAAAAAAUCGUAUCGAGCCCGGCAAAAAAUCUCUUUCCUCCAUGGUACCGUCCAUCGUUAUUCAAGAUGAUGGCAACGUCAGAAUGAUCGUCGGUGCAGCCGGUGGAACGAAAAUGCUCACUUCCGUCUCAUACGUGAUUGCGAGACACUUGUGGAUGAAUAAUUCGAUAAAGGAAGCGGUCGAUGCGGCGAGAAUCCAUCAUCAGUUAUUCCCAAUGGAGAUUUCGUACGAGUUUGGUCUUACGAGGCCGCUUCUCGAAGGUUUAACGAGACUUGGACACAGAAUUUCACGUUACAGAGAUCGAGGCAGCGUCGUUUGCGCUCUUGCACGAAUAAACGACACAAUUUAUGCGAAUGUUGACUACAGGAAAAGUGGCGAGGUCUACGGCAUCGACUGACUCACAACAGAUUUUCUGUGUAAAAAAUACAUCUUCCGGAAUUUCCAUUAUUUAUUUAAUGCUCCCAAGUUGAGGAGUGAAACAGCUAUACGAUGCAAAAUGCCCAAUAUUCAGAGGAAAAACGUCAAAAACCAACGUUUCUCUCUGUUUUUGUCGUCGCUUAAAAAACUUCUUUAAUAUUCCUGCGAUUCGGUUUUCAAAUAGCCAGUAACUUUGAUGGUAAAGAACAAUAAUGUGAGGAGGUUUUCCAAAUAAUUUGAUAAAAAUUCAGUGGCGAGUAAAUCGAUAAAUGCUGAAAUUCUU